AUGAAGUGCAACCUUGAGCUACCGUGCUCGCUGUGUGUCCGUACCCACCGUGAACACCUAUGUCGUGAAUGUCCCCCAAAUCCACCAUCUGAAGCAGAACGUAUUCGACUGCAAGAACGUCGUUCUAGAAAUUCCCGCAGAAAGGAUAAACUACAACGCCAACCAGAGCCUCAUGACUCUUCCGAUGAGGUCUCAUCCUCCCGUCUGGGUCUGUCCCAUACAUCUAAUGUCAGUGCAGUCUAUGGGAACCCGCUUCCCCUUUUCGGCUCUCUACAACGAACGCCGCCUUGGGCCCAGCGUGAUUGGCCUCAGCUAGAUCAUCUGCCUCAGCUGCUGUUCCUGCUGCCUCCUGGGGACCACACAUCUCCAUUUCUGCCAUACGCUCCUCCCAUUGUCGCCAACCUGCCAUUCUCCAUGGGCCUGCCGUCGCAGGAUCCCGUGGCUCCAAGUGUAAUGGCAAGAAAUAUUCAUCGCCUGGCGCCGUUGCAACGGUAUGCAGCCCAGUGCCAUGCCCAAUUUCUACCGGUACCAGAAGAAUCUCUAUUACGUUGGCAAAAAAUAAUAUCGUCUCUUACACGCGGGUCGAAAACAUGGCUAAAGGAUUACUUCAAUUGGGCACACCUGGCCGAAAAUCUGGGUCUCCAUGAACUCGUCGACUGGGCCUCUGUCUAUGCUGCUGGUCAGAAAAUGCUCUCUUUUGAUGCAUCACCUAUGGACAAGCACUCCGCUGAAUGUAUGGCUAUAGCAGCUGCAUUCUGUGCUGCUGGGUGUCUUAGUGGACCUCGCUUGUCUCCCAAGGCUAUUGCGCGUGCUAAUCAAUGGCUUACUGUCCUGACAGAGAUGGCUGCUUGCGUGCCUAAUGAUUCAUGGGAAGACGGCGUCUUUCUUUUAGUACAACUUGUACUGACGAAAACAACACUUAUGGCAUUGGGCCAAUUCGAUCGUCUAGCUACUGAUACUCGCCAUUUUUUCGCAGCCAUUUCUCGUAAUGGGCUGUUUCUACUGCUUUUGCAUAACCUUGAUUACACGAUGCUUCUGCCUGAUAAAACAGAAGCGUUUGCAAUUGUGGCGAAAUGUUGGACGUAUGUCAAGCUUGUCGAAACGGAAGCCCUGGUACUCCAGGCAGAAACACUGUUUCAGUAUGAGCAUCCCUCACUCAGAGACACCAUUCAGCCUGACCGUGCACUUGUCAAGUGGCUUUAUGGCCUAGAACCUGAGACGCCAUUGCCUGCUUAUCUGGUUUAUGAUAUUGGCCUCUUAGCAUCGAGUUUGUUUUUCCGUCGUUUUGAAGGUUGCACCACACCGAGGGAAAUCUCAUACGCAUAUCUCACACUUUACAGUGAGUUUUGCGCUAUGGCUGUUCCAGCAGCUGAUCCUUUGUUUCAUUCAAUUGAUACAGCGGUUAAUUCACCAAAACCCACUGCUGACGUGAGUGCUAUACUACGCAAUCAUGGCCAGCAGCUUGGAGCUAUGCUCAAGGUUUCCUUCAUCUGUGUCCGUUGGCUCCUGAUUAUUCGUGCUGAACCUAAUAAGUUCGUCACACUUCGGUUCGCCCAUUAUGUCACAACUUUAAUCUCGAUGUUUAAUCCUAUCAUGGCGAUUGCCGAAACGGGAGCGGUGCUGCCCCAGAGUCUUGUUGUGUCCCUCCAGUCUUGUUCGCAACUCAACACCGUUCUCGACAUGUACAAUAUGUUGGCUGUUCAGGCUCUUUUCGUUGCAGUGAUGGCUAACUUCAUCAAAGCUCCUACUUCUCAUUGGGGGCUUGACCUCAGACUUUUGGUAAACACUGUGACUGCCUCAUACACCCGUGCUCGUGGGCUUCUUGAGAAUUUGCAGCCAUACGCCACUCUUCCUUUGGCUACUGCAUUACUCAAGACGAGUGAACUACUCAUGCUAGAUGCUCAAGUUAAUACGUUUGAGCCCGAAGAAGGAGAAGUUCCAGCUAAGCAGUUUUUCACCCAUAUCAAAAGCAAAGUCGACAAGUCUACAUGGAACACAUUCGUUCAGCUGCUUUUUGGCAUGGACCUGACUGCCUCUAAUUACAUCGAGCAGCUUUGGAGAUUUGGUGAUGUCGCUAAAUUGCAUCAAGAGAAACCUAUAUUUAUUACCAAGACGUUGGUGUUGAGCACCGCGUUCCUACGUGAGUUUGAGCAUUCCUACAGAGGCUUUUGGUUUUCAAAGCAGCAUGUCGAGCAAUACCUUGAACUAUAA